AUGCGGUGCGGUGGGCUGGCGCGGGCCGCGUGCAGCGCGCUGCUCUGCCUCAACACGGCGUGCUGCCUGCGCUCGGCCUGCCGCCGGCCGGGAGGAUGCUGCGCGCGCUGCUGCCCCCUGCCCACGGCCCCGGAGGCGGCGGGGGCGGGCGAGCGGCGCCGGUCCCAGGCACGCAGCCUGGCCCGCGGCAAGUCCAUGACGGCCAGCAGCAAGGAGCUGAGCAAGCUGGACGCCGCCCUGGUGGAACACAACGGCGUCAUGCGGGGGGCCAUCCCCGUGCUGCCGCUGCCCCUGGCCUGGAUCUGCAUGGUCUGCAACGUGUUCGUGCCGGGGCUAGGCACGCUGUCCAUGGGGCUGUUCUGCCUGUGCGUGGGCAAGCCGCGCUUCAGCUCCAGCGACACGGCCAAGGCGCGCGUGGGGGCCUUCUGCCUCGACACGCUGGUGGCCGCGUCCCAGCUCUUCACCGUGCUGUUCUGCCUCGUCGGCUGGGGCUGGAGCAUCUGGUGGGGCCUCAUCGCUCUACGGCUAGCCAAGAAAUACAAGCGCAUCCAACUGGCCGAGCGUGCCGCGGCGACGCGUCCCGCCGCCAUCGCCGUCCCUGCAGGUGCCCCAGUAAUUGCCCCAGAUUUCAUCAACUGA